CCCACCCGCACCUCAAACCAAACGGCACGGAACGUUGCAGUUUUCCCAAUCAACCCCUGACCAACCACAUAUUUAGAAAAGCUUUCCCUCUUGUGCUAUCCCGGCAUCUCGCGUCUGACUUUCGCCGGAGCUACCAUAUGAAUGGUCAAACCACGAUGGGGCUCGCCGCAGCCGUGAGGCCAUGCCGCCAGCGCCUCCUCACCUCCGCCUCAGCCGCGGCCGCUAAGGCCUCUGUGAUCCGGCUCUUUCCAAGAUGCUCCCACCCGCCACACCACCACCACGGCCGACGCUUCCCUUUUCUCGUGUCGGCGGCCUCGCAUACCUCGCAGUCCGACCCGAGCACAACCCCCACCCCCACCCCCGUAGCCUCCGAUCCCCAUUCCGCCGUCGCUGGUAACCUCCCCUUCUUCGACCGUGUGCUCUUCCCGGCCUCCUUCCCUCUGGAGACCCCGCCUGUGGAGGAACCGGCGCCGCCAGCUGAUGAAGGGCAGGCGUCUACCUCGCCGGUCAGAGAGGAGACGGAGACGGAGACGGAGGCAUGGAGGCUACUGAGGAGGGCUGUGGUGAGCUACUGCGGCGAGCCGGUCGGCACGGUGGCCGCGGAGGACCCCGAGUGUACGGAGAUGCUUAACUACGACCAGGUCUUCAUCAGGGACUUUGUGCCCUCCGCCCUUGCCUUCCUCAUGCGCGGGGAGACCGAGAUCGUCCGCAAUUUCCUCCUCCACACCCUGCAGCUGCAGAGCUGGGAGAAAACUGUUGACUGUUACAGCCCUGGGCAAGGCUUGAUGCCAGCUAGUUUUAAGAUUAGGACCGUUCCACUUGAUGAAAACAAUGAAGCAUUUGAGGAGAUUCUGGAUCCAGACUUUGGUGAAUCAGCUAUUGGCCGUGUAGCUCCAGUUGAUUCUGGACUUUGGUGGAUUAUCUUACUGAGAGCAUACUGCAAGAUUACAGGAGAUUAUUCGUUGCAAGAAAGAGUGGAUGUGCAAACCGGGAUUAAACUGAUCUUGAGUUUGUGUUUGUCUGAUGGGUUUGACAUGUUCCCCACUUUACUGGUCACAGACGGAUCAUGCAUGAUAGACAGGAGGAUGGGGAUACAUGGGCAUCCUCUUGAGAUUCAAGCUUUAUUCUAUUCUGCUCUGAGAUGUUCAAGGGAAAUGAUUGUUAUGAACGAUGGCUCAAAACACCUCCUCCGAGCAAUCAACAACAGGCUCAGUGCAUUGUCUUUUCAUAUUAGGGAGUACUACUGGGUCGAUAUGAAUAAGAUAAACGAGAUCUACAGAUACAAGACAGAAGAAUACUCACAUGAUGCAACUAACAAAUUUAACAUUUAUCCCGAGCAAAUCCCUUCCUGGCUUGUUGAUUGGAUUCCUGAGAAAGGGGGUUAUCUUAUUGGAAAUCUGCAGCCAGCUCACAUGGAUUUUAGGUUCUUCUCACUUGGCAACCUUUGGGCCAUAUCUUCAUCUCUAACUACUCCAACACAAGCCGAGGGAAUACUUAGCCUUAUUGAAGAGAAAUGGGAUGAUCUUAUAGCAUAUAUGCCCCUCAAGAUCUGUUACCCUGCAAUGGAAUAUGAUGAAUGGCGCAUUAUUACAGGCAGUGACCCUAAGAACACCCCAUGGUCAUAUCAUAAUGGUGGAUCUUGGCCAACCCUACUAUGGCAGUUUACACUGGCCUGCAUCAAAAUGGGAAGACCAGAGCUGGCCCGUAGGGCCAUUGCAGUGGCCGAGGAGAAGCUCUCAGCUGACAAGUGGCCAGAAUACUAUGACACCCGGUCUGGAAGAUUCAUUGGGAAGCAGUCACGGUCAUAUCAGACAUGGACUAUUGCUGGUUUUCUGACCUCCAAGAUGUUGCUGGAAAACCCGGAGCUGGCUUCUAUCCUGACCUGUGAUGAGGACCUUGAGCUCCUUGAAGGCUGUGCUUGCUGCCUCUCAAAGAGGACUAGAUGCUCACGACGUGCGGCCAAAUCAGAUAUCAUUGGGUAAAACAACAGAAACCCUUAUUCUUGCAAAUCCACACACAAGUAUACGAUCGACUGAGAAUUAACUGAAGUGGAUACACUCUAGCUAUGUACAUUAUAGGUUUACGUUAGAUAUCCAUCCAUUCAUUCAUUUCCUCAAUGUGCGCUCAUUCUUUUUUGCUGAGCCGCCAUUGAUGGGAACUGCUCUGGGCGAUACCGGUGGUCAAGAAGAGCAUUACCAUUUUAUGUUGGAGCUCUCAUGUACACACAAAAGAGUAAUUUAUUCUUGUAUCGGUCACGAGUGAUGUCAAGUCCUGAUGAUUAUAUCUCUUAUCAGCAUUUGAGCUGUAUGCUGUAUUAUUUGCAAAACUGAGACUAUGUACUAUGUUCUUUUCAUGAAUAAUGAUACUUUUGCCAUUUGA